ACAGACUUAAAUCAUCAAACCAUUCAUAGCAUCAUUUCUAACUAGAGAAAAAAAUCAUUUGGUAGAUAACUGCGAGGAAUCAAUAUCAUGGCUCGUGCUAUGGUGCAGCUUUGUGUUGCAUCUGUUAUGGUCUUGUUGGCCAUGGGGUUUAUGGCAGAGGCAGCCAGAUAUCCACCUGGACUCGAUAAUCCAAGCCAAGCUACUUGCAAGAACAAGGAGUACAAGGAAUGUUACAACUUGCCUAAGGUUUGUCCUAUGUUCUGCGGCGACAGAGGUUGCCAUGUCAAUUGUGUUUCAUGUAAGCCUGUUUGUGGCCCCGAUAAUGGGUCAUCAUCUGAAACUAGUCCGCCACAAGGUGGUGACGAUGAUAAGGGAAAGGGUGAUGAUGACAACAAGAGUAAAGGCGACGACGAUAAAGAAAAGGAUGACGAUGACAAGAAAGGUAAGGGGGACGAUGAUAAGGAAAAGGACGAUAACGACAACAAGGGAAAAGGCAAGGGUGAUGAUGAUGAUAAAGAAAAGGAUGACGAUAAAAACAAGGGCAAAGGUAAAGGUGAUACUCCUAGCACACCUCCUGUAGCUACACCACCUUCAGAGCCAACUCCAUCACCUCCAGUCUAUCCUACACCACCUAACGAGCCUACUCCUUCACCUCCUGUGUAUCCUACACCACCUUCUACUCCUACUCCUACCCCAACAACUCCAUCCGUUCCACCAAGUUCCGAGGUUUCAGCAAAGAGACGAUCUAGGUGCAGAAACCCAAAGUACGGGAAGUGCUACAAUGCUGAGCAUGUUUGUCCUGCUGCUUGCCCAACUGGAUGUGUGGUUGAUUGUGUCACCUGUAAACCCAUGUGCAGCUGUGAUCAACCAGGAGCUGUUUGCCAAGAUCCAAGAUUUAUAGGUGGUGAUGGGAUCACUUUCUACUUCCACGGGAAACAAAACCGCGACUUUUGCCUUCUCUCCGAUUCAAACCUCCACAUAAAUGCCCACUUCAUUGGUAAAAGAAACAAAAACUUGAAGAGAGACUUCACUUGGGUUCAAGCCAUCGGUAUCCUCUUCGGUGACCACCAAAUCUAUAUUGGUGCUCGAAAGACUGCUGUUUGGGACGAUUCUGUCGACCGUCUAGGACUCACUUUCGAUGGACAACCCAUCUACUUGCCUGAAUCAGAAGGCGCACAAUGGCAAUCUGAAGUUGCACCAACUGUCACUGUAACAAGGUCAAGCACAACUAACAAAAUCAUUGUUGAAGUAGAAGGAAACUUCAAGAUAACUGCUAAUGUCGUGCCCAUUACCGAAGAAGAAUCUACGGUUCACAACUAUGGAAUAACUAAAGAUAAUUGCUUUGCUCAUCUUGACCUUGGCUUCAAAUUUUAUUCACUCGGUGAGAACGUAAAUGGCGUUCUAGGACAGACUUAUGCUAAUAACUACGUGAGUAAAGUGAACAUGGGAGCAUCAAUGUCUGUCAUUGGUGGAGAAGAUAAGUUUAUCACUUCAAAUGUUUUCGCCAAGGAUUGUGCUGUUGCUAGAUUCACCGGCUCUGCCUCUUCUAGCAGUGGAUCUUCUUCAGAGUAUGCUAGCCUAACUUGUGGCAGUGGAAUUAACGGACGUGGUGUUGUCUGCAAGAAAUAGAAAUCUACUCUUAACUUAUAUCUCGCAGCCUUAUACAGAUGGAUGAAGAAUAACACUGGCUUUUAACUUGUUUGAAUAAUAAGACUUCACAAACUUGUGAUAUUUUUCUGUUUGAAAACAAUUCAAUUAAUUAAGUUAUUGUAAUUGAUUUGUAUUUUCAUUUUUAUGUUCGUUGUAGUUGGAAAAUAACCUAAAGAUUUAUCAGAAAUAU